UUUCCAAAGCCUUAUCGAGGGGGUAGAAAUAUAUUGAAAAUUAUCGAAAUGAAUAUCGAGUUUUAUGAGGCAAACAGUUGGUGUUACCGCUGCGCUGUGGUUAAAAACACUUUAACAAUUUAGACAGUUUAGAGAAAUAUCGUCCAGGUGCUUAGACAGAAUUUUAUUUACAUUCUUUCUCGGCAGUACCGCGUGGUACUUUUUCUGUUACAAACAUCCAGUGACAUUCGGGGGUUUCUCGUUUAUUUACAUCCCUAUAAGUGUGAACGGAUAUUCCACAUUCAACGCCAAAAAUGCUCGAUUGACAAUUUAAUCUUUCAACUGCUAAACACUCUCCAGUCAUUACGUUAUAUAUUUAAAAAUCCUUUCUUGGGCAAAAAAAAGUAUAGAAUAGUGAAAUAAGUUUGACGAAAAUUACAAUGGAGAUGGAUACGAAAGAAUUACAACAAGAUGGACUAAGAAUUGAUGGACGAAGACCUAAAGAAAUUCGAAAGAUUAAUAUAAGAUUAGGCGUUUUUGGACAGGCUGAUGGAAGUGCUUAUGUUGAACAAGGAAAAACUAAAGUUUUAGCAACAGUAUAUGGUCCUCAUCAGCCAAGGGGAUCGGCGGCAAAAAGUGUGUCAACAAAAUCAGUGAAGGGAAUAGUUAAUUGUCAGUAUAGUACAGCUGUAUUUAGUUUUGGAGCUGGUGAACGAAAGCGAAGACCAAGGGGCGAUCGAAAAUCAUUGGAACGUUCUCUUCAACUUCGUCAUGCAAUGGAGGCGAUUAUUCACUUGGAUCUUAUGGCACGAUCGCAAAUUGAUAUUUUUGUUGAAAUUCUACAAGUUGAUGGUAGUGAAUUUUGUGUUGCUGUCAAUGCCGCUACACUUGCUCUUGUUGACGCUGGUAUUCCAAUCAAAGAUUAUGCAGUGGGUUGUUCGGUGACAGUGGCAGAUAACGCAAUUUUAGAUGACAAAGGCACACAGAGAAUUGGACUUCUCGAUGCGAAUUACAUGGAAGAGUGCAUGCCUGGCGUAACAUUGUCAAUUGUUUCUCUACCAGGGCACAAUAUUGAAAUUCCAAUUGGAAACAGCGUUGUUGUUGUACAAGGUUCCGGUCAACGUCUCCAUUUAUCACGUUUGGAAAAUUUGAGAAUGAUGGCCGUCGAGGGUUGUCGGGAUUUAAGAACAAUUCUCGACGAAGCUGUCAAACAUCAUUUAAACAUCUAUUCUAGUCACACUGCCGAUUAAAUAUCUCAACAGUAAAAUAUUCCAUUUUAAAAAACUUUUAUUUUACUUUAUAAAAAAUAAAUAACUUUUAUAGGAAAUGCCAAUUAA